AUGCGACACGUUUCCAAACGUGUCAUGCCUAUCGAUUCUGACAUUGAUUUUGUGCCAGAAUAUGAUGCAGAUUACUCGUUUGAUCAGGGUGAGGAAGUUGAAGGCGGUGCAGCUGAAUUUGAUAAUGAAAGCAAUUCGGACACGGGAGCUGGUGGAAACGCCUCAACCAGCACCUUUGCAAAGAGUGAGAGUGAGAAGUUGCGGGUUGAGGGCGUUUCACAGAAAAUCGAGCUGGUAAGCAAGAUGCUGAACCUGGACUCCCGCCACCGGCCAUCAGCUUCUCAGAUUCUUCAGCACAUGUGGAUCUCCAACCGGGAUCAUCUUCCCUCACACCGACUUGCCCUUCAGGAUGCGCACCUCAUCAAGGGAGCAUUAACGGCAACGUUUCGUGCAGUGCACGAGAGCCCCAAAGCUCCAAAUCUGGGCCCAGUUGCCGCCUCAGCUCUGGCCAGGAGACGAGGGAAAUCCAGACCCAAGUCAUCUUCAGAGGUGUGAAAAAAAGGCUGAACAAAAAACUAAAAUGGAUUUUCUCUUCGGGAUGAUUUUUCCUCUCUUGUUGACUCCUGUUAUCGUCGUUCCAGAGAGGUCUGCUUGUUUUUGUACCAGUGCCAUCAUAUGUCUGGUUGUGAUGAUUAAGGACCAGAAAAUACACCCUGACCCGAAAAUUGAAGAAACACGUGCUCAGUGAAUUCAUUCCAGUGACCUCGGUCGUUUUCGGGAGUGAUAUUUUUUCUCUUCAGCAGUCCAUGAUGAUUCAUCAAUCUUGUAUCGCCACAUUCCAAUUCAGGGUGAAUGAGUGUGUGUUAAUUUUUUCUCUCUCAUUGUCUCAAAAUAUGUUAUUCAAAUUUAUUCCAAUAUUCCUUUUAUUCUUCUUCCAAUUUGUCUCGUAAACUCCUGUUGGAUAUUGAGAUUUUUUCAGAUGAUUCCACGUUGUUGCCAUAGAAUAUUCAAGACGGUGCUACCCAUCCCUAGUCCCUUUGUCCUCCCUCUGCUGACAUUCUCAGGCAGACGAAUUUCCCAUGUGAUAAGCUAAGUCGUAACUGAUACAAUCGCCGCUCGAAGCUGCUAUACAAUCAUGUGAAGUCAAAAUAAUUGUAACUUCUUGGUUGAAACAAAGGUAACUUUUGUAUAAACAUGAGUCUUUUCUGAAAAGUUCUAUGCUUGUCUCAGUCUUCAAAUGCUAUGUUAACAUUUAAAUUUCCUUCUGAAAAUUUAUAGUGAAAAAAAAAUCGGCUUUGUGAAAUGGGACUUUCACACCAUUAUCAAAGAUGCUAUGUGAACAGAACUGAUGUCUAUUCCGUGAAAGUCUUUACCAAUCUUCUUUUAUACAAGAUCUAUGAAAUAUAUUGCACAGUGUGAACGAAGUGUAAUAGAUCCCCGAUUUUGCAAGCGUAAGUGCAAAGUCACGUUUGGAACGUCUAGUCAAAUCUCAAUCCAGUGAUGUUCUCCCCCGUGAUUUUUGCAGAGAAUUAACGCUCUCCCCCGCCAACCAGCAUCGCAUAGCCUCAUGUUUUGGUGCCAUAUAUGUAAUCCAAAAAGGUUUUCCCUCUUCCUCAACAUUGUUGUGGAUCCUGUUUCGUUCACUGAGAAGGAAGAAAAUAAAAGAGAGA